AUGCAUCAACCACCAACUAUUCCCGAAGGUGAUGAAGAAAAUGAAGGAAUUGAACAAGUCACUGAAGGAACUCGUUUUCCACAUUCGGGUGCGCAACAACAACCACCACCGAUUCAUGAUACAACAACAACGGCUGCUGAAUUACAAGUACGUGAGGAUGAAGGUGUUGGUUAUGGAGAAACACCAAUACUAGAAAGUGAAAUAAUUGCUGUUAGUGAUAAUGUAACAACAGAAGGAGAACAACAAGCUGAAAAUGAAGAACCAUCAUCUGUUGAAAAACCUAUUACUGAUGAUGAAGCUGAAGUUGGUGCACAACCAGCAAGUGAUGCAGAAAAUGAAAUACAAGGACAACUGGAUGAAGAAGGAACUUUAGCAGGUAUUAAAGAAGAAGAAGGUGCGAUCGACGAAUCAGCAACAAUAUCUGAUGCUGAAAAACCUUUAACAACAGUUGCUGAAUCACCUAUACCACCAGCAGAUGAAUCAUUAAUUGCUACUCCACAUGUAUCAACCGAUGAAAAUAUUAAACCAGAUGAAAUAACACCUACAUCUUAUGAUGAUCAACGUCGAUCAGCUAAAUCUGGUCGAGAUCGUUCAGCUAAAAGUCAAAGAGAAACACAACAAGUAGAUUUUGAAAAAUUAGAACAAGAAGAAGAACAUGAUGUAGUUCAUGAAGAACCUGAAAUACGAAUAAGUCGUGAAGAACUUUUAGCUCAUUAUCAAGCUGCUGAAACUGAACGUGAUCGUUUAAAAAGUAUUAAUUUAGCAUUACAACAACGUUUAGCUGAUUAUUUACAUAAACGAAAAGGUACUGAUGAUUUACCAGCAUUCAAUCAAAGCAAUGAACGUUUAAUGCUUGAACAACAACAACGUUAUCAAAAAUAUCUAAGUGAAAUUGAAACAUUACAAGAUCAUAUAAAACAUGAUCAAAUUGAAUAUGAAUCAAAACGAAAUAAUUAUGAACAACAAAUUCAAAAGAAAAAAGAACAUGUUGAACAAUUAAAAGCUGAUUAUGUUAAAUUAGUUCGAGAGAUUGCAUCAAAAGCUGUUUUUGCUCGUAGUGGAAAAUCUAUUUCAAAUCAGGAAGUGGAAAAUUAUUUAACAUUAUUAAGAGAAAAAGAAGAAGAAUUAAUUAAAACACGUCAUGACAAUAUUCGUUUAAAAAAUCAAUUAAAAAAACGUGAAUUACAAUUAAAAGCUAAAGAAGAAUUAGCUGAAGGUCUUCAUAUGAUUGAUUUCGAACAAUUAAAAAUUGAAAAUCAAACAUAUAGUGAAAAAAUUGAAGAAAGAAAUGAAGAAUUAAUGAAACUUCGUAAAAAAAUUAGUACAACUGUUCAAAUUCUUAGUCAUAUUAAAGAAAAACUUAAUUUUGUUAAUGAACAACGUAUUCAAGCAGCAGAAAUACUUGAAGCUAAAGAAAAAGAAGUCAAACAGAGACGUGAUGAACUAUCAACAAUAAAACGUCGCCGUGAUCGUUUAAGACAAGAAAAUCAAUCAUUAAAACAAACAUCUGGUCUUAUUGGUAAUGAACAAUUAUUACGUGAUUAUGAAGAACGUUAUGAUGAAAUCGGCAACUGUACGGAUAAAUUAGAAAAUUUGAAAAAACGUCACGCAGAAAUAACACUAAUGUGUAAAGUAUUAAAGAAAAAAAUUUCUAAGGUUUAA